AUGGCCGCGGACCAGCGCGGAAAGGCCGAGACUCUGGCCCUGAGGCGGCGGCUCAUCGGCUCUUCCUGCAGACUCUUUUUCCCUGAGGAUCCUGUUAAGAUCGUCCGAGGCCAGGGACAGUACAUGUAUGACGAACAAGGGGCAGAAUACCUCGAUUGCAUCAACAAUGUGGCUCACGUUGGGCACUGCCAUCCUCUCGUGGUCCAAGCGGCACAUGAACAGAACCAGGUGCUCAACACCAACAGCCGGUACCUGCAUGACAACAUCGUCAAUUAUGCGCGGAGGCUUGCAGAGACCCUGCCAGAGCAGCUCUGUGUGUUCUAUUUCCUGAAUUCUGGGUCAGAAGCCAACGACCUGGCCCUGAGGCUGGCCCGCCAGUACACGGGACACCAGGAUGUGGUGGUGCUGGACCAUGCAUAUCACGGACACCUGAGCUCCCUGAUUGACAUCAGCCCCUACAAGUUCCGGAACCUGGACGGCCAGAAGGAGUGGGUCCACGUGGCACCACUCCCAGACACCUACCGGGGCCCCUACCGGGAGGACCACCCCAACCCUGCAGAGGCCUAUGCCAGUGACGUAAAGCAUGUGAUCGACAGCGCCCGGGAGAGGGGCAGGAAGAUUGCAGCGUUCUUCAUGGAGUCUCUGCCCAGCGUGGGAGGGCAGAUCAUUCCCCCUGAAGGCUACUUCCCAAGAGUGGCUGAGCACGUCCACAGGGCCGGAGGGGUCUUUGUCGCCGAUGAGAUUCAAGUUGGCUUUGGUCGUGUGGGCAAGCACUUCUGGGCCUUCCAGCUGCAGGGAGAGGACUUUGUCCCCGACAUUGUCACCAUGGGCAAGCCCAUUGGCAAUGGCCACCCUCUUGCCUGUGUGGCCACAACCCAGGCUGUGGCAAGGGCAUUUGAAGCCACUGGCGUCGAGUACUUCAACACAUUUGGGGGCAGCCCCGUGUCCUGCGCUGUGGGGCUUGCCGUCCUGGAGGUCUUGGAGAAGGAGCAGCUCCAGGCUCAUGCCACCCAUGUGGGCAGCUUCCUGAUGGAGCGCCUCAGGCAGCAGAAAGCCAAGCAUCCCAUCAUCGGGGAUGUCAGGGGAGUCGGGCUCUUCAUUGGUGUGGAUCUUAUCAGAGACGAGGCCACGAGGAAGCCAGCAACUGAAGAGGCCGACUACUUGGUCUCCAGACUGAAGAAGAACUACAUUUUGCUAAGCACUGACGGCCCCGGGAGGAAUGUCCUCAAGUUUAAGCCCCCAAUGUGCUUCAGUCUGGAUGAUGCACGUCACGUGGUGGCAACGCUAGAUGCUGUACUGACCGACAUGGAGGAGGUGCUGAGAACCUGUGCCACGCUGAGGCUGCAGCCCUGCCCUGCCCUUCAGGUGUCCUGCCCCUGAGGUCCACACUCAUUGCUGAAAAAGACAGAAUCCUAUUCCCAUUGGUUCAGUUGGGGGCCCCAUGCUGCCCCCAGAGACUGGAGCCACAACCUGGUACUGUGUAGUAGGAGACAGCGUUGGGGGACACUGCACGGCAGCUUCAAACCGCCAGCCCAUUUCCUUUCUUCGAAAGGGGCUCAGGACCGGAGACACAGGAUUUUUCCUUCAUUAAAGAAAACUCUUGGCCUAAGGAAGUGGGUUCAUGUGGUUGUGCCUGACAGUUGUAUGCUUUAGACAGGGGACAAACAUUCAGACCAGGAACUGCAGUUCGAAAAGGUCAGCAGCCGGUACUCCCAAGCUCCACACCCAAGGUGGGGCCCAGUAGCUGGA